GGGUACGGGAAGGAGGAGCCGGCACUCAGCCUGCGUACUGCAGAGAGACAGACCAACAGACACUCGCCAGGCGACCGGCCGGGGGUCCUUGGGGCCCGGAAGCCGCGAAAGAGCGGGACACCAAACUUGGAGAGAGGAGUGACCUGGGGGCCGGGGGCGGAGUCGUGAGCGGGGGGAGGAGAGCGCCAGCGCCAGCUCCAGCCAGAGGAGCGCGCCGGCCCAGGAAGCCAGAGCGCCGCCCACCCAUCCGGGGCGAAUCGCGCGGGGAAGCAGGCUGGGCCGGGGGCUGCCAGCCUCGACCCCCACGGUGACCCCUCGGCCCCCCAGCCCGGACUCAAGAUGAUGAAGAGGCAACUGCACCGCAUGCGGCAGCUGGCCCACACGGGCAGCUUGGGACGGCACAGCUGGCCUUUGCGGGGAACGGCACCUCCAUUCCUGGUUGGAAAGGCUACAGAGAGCAGAAUACGCCUUGAGCCUGGACGCUGCCCAGAGCCUCAUUGGUCCCCUCCGGACAAUGGGAACAGUUAACCACCCCUAACUGCAGGGUUGGGGAGGAACCGAGCCGAUCGGGGGCCCCAGACCCUGGGGGAAGGGGACUGGCGGUGUUCUGGCCUGGGGAGGAGGGGCCUGCUCUGCGCUGGGUGUCCGUCCCCUCCCCCAGCUCAGGGGCCUCCUUCAGCAAAGUCCUGCUUCUGCUUUUCGAAGGCUCAGGUAGAGAGAGGCACCCUCUGGUCUCUUCGGUCCCCAGCUCCAGAACUAGGGGAGCGGAAGUUUGGGGAGUUUUCUCGGAGCUUUUCUCUCGCUCCUCUUCCCCAGCCUGGGAGUUCCCCAUUCUUUGGGCCCAGGGAGGGAGUAUCCAGAAACUUGAUCGAGUCCUACAAUGACAUAGACACCUGCGAGCACCUACGAAGCCAGGCCACUUUGCUCUGAACCCAUGUCCCUAUGUGCCCGGGGCAGAGUCCCGGGACCUGCCCACAGCUGCAGUCCACUAUCGUGCCUGUGGGCCUGACCACCCCGGAGGCCAGCUUCCACACUUCCCGUUCUGGGGGGGCCAGCCUCGGCCUCCUCUUUCCGGGACAGGCAAACAAUUUGGGGGAUGGGACAAGAGAAACUUUGCCUCUACGUUCCAAAGUUGAGCCCUGGGUAGCUCCCUCCUGCCCUUUUGGUGUCAUGGGAACACCCUCUCCCAGGGCACAGCCCUGGGUGGAGGAGGAAGCAGGCGUGCAUCCUCUAAAACCCAUGGAAUGUGCUCCAACUGCGGUGCAGACAGGCCACCCAGGCUGGGUGGGUCCUGGAAGCAACCGGGGCCCAGGUGCCAUGUGCAGGGGCCAGUGGGAGGCAGUGGGCUUCCUAACCCAGACUUACUCAGCAGAAGCCCCCUCCCCCCGCAGCACCCCAGAGACUGCCGAGUUCUUGGGUGAGGACCUGCUGCAGGUGGAGCAGCGCUUGGAGCCAGCUAAGCGAGCAGCCCACAAUGUUCACAAACGCCUGCAGGCCUGUCUCCAGGGCCAAAGCGGGGCUGACAUGGACAAGCGGGUGAAGAAGCUCCCUCUCAUGGCUCUUUCCACCACGAUGGCUGAAAGCUUCAAAGAACUGGAUCCCGAUUCCAGCAUGGGGAAGGCCUUAGAGAUGAGCUGUGCCAUCCAGAACCAGCUGGCCCGAAUCUUGGCGGAGUUCGAGAUGACCCUGGAGAGAGAUGUCCUGCAGCCGCUCAGCAGGCUGAGCGAGGAGGAGCUGCCUGCCAUCCUCAAGCAUAAGAAGAGCCUGCAGAAGUUGGUGUCGGACUGGAACACCCUCAAGAGCAGGCUCAGCCAGGCAGCCAAGAACUCAGGGAGCAGCCAAGGCCUGGGUGGUGGCCCAAGCAGUCACAGCCACGCCACCACUGCCACCAAGGUGGACACACUGAAGGAAGAGGAGGAGGAGCUGAAGAGGAAGGUGGAGCAGUGCAAGGAUGAGUACUUGGCUGACCUGUACCACUUUGCCACCAAGGAGGACUCAUACGCCAACUACUUUAUUCAUCUCCUGGAGAUUCAGGCCGACUACCAUCGCAGGUCACUGACCUCACUGGACACGGCCCUCGCUGAGCUCAGGGACAACCACAGCCAAGCAGAUCUGUCCCCCCUGAUGACGGCUGCCCCCGUCUCCAGGGUAUACGGGGUGCCCCUGAGGACCCACCUGCAAGAGCUAGGUCGUGACAUCGCCCUGCCCAUCGAGGCCUGUGUCCUGAUGCUGCUAUCAGAGGGUAUGCAGGAGGAGGGCCUCUUCCGUCUGGCUGCUGGGGCCUCUGUGCUGAAGCGCCUCAAGCAGACAAUGGCCUCAGACCCCCACAGCCUAGAGGAGUUCUGCUCGGACCCCCAUGCCGUGGCAGGAGCCCUUAAGUCCUAUCUCCGGGAGCUGCCAGAGCCCCUGAUGACCUCUGACCUCUAUGAUGACUGGAUGAGAGCAGCCAGCCUGAAGGAGCCUGGGGCUCGCCUGGAGGCCCUCCGUGAUGUUUGCAGCCGCCUGCCCCAAGAGAACUUGAACAACCUCAGGUACCUGAUGAAGUUCCUGGCACUGCUGGCAGAGGAGCACCAAGUGAACAAGAUGACACCCAGCAACAUCGCCAUUGUCUUGGGACCCAACCUGCUCUGGCCUCCUGAGAAAGAAGGGGACCAGGCCCAACUGGAUGCAGCCUCUGUGUCCUCAAUUCAGGUGGUGGGCGUGGUUGAAGCUCUGGUACAGAACGCAGACACACUCUUCCCUGGAGAUAUCAAUUUCAGUGUAUCAGGCGUCUUCUCAGCCCUGGCCCCCCAGGAUAAGGCCAGUAGCCAACGGACCUCCGAGGACUUGCCACCUGCUGCUGCGCCUACGCCAGCUGCCACCCCAGCUCCAGCCUCCACAGCCGUGAAGGAAAGGACAGAGUCUGAAGUGCCCAAACCAGCUUCCCCCAAGGUCAGCAGGAGCCCCAUGGAAACGGCCACUUCAGCAGAGGACAUGACUCGGAGGACCAAGCGCCCGGCGCCGGCGCGGCCUACCAUGCCGCCUCCCCAGCCCUCCAGCACACGCUCGUCCCCCCCAGCUCCCCCCCUGCCCCCUGGCCCCGGCAUCCCUGGCGCUCCCCAAGCUCUGCCACGCCGUCUGGUGGGCACCAGCCUCCGGGCCCCCACAGUGCCUCCCCCACUACCCCCUGUACCUCCACAGCCUGCCCGGCGCCAGAGCCGGCGCCUACCAGCCUCCCCCAGCCCGGCUUCCCCUGGCCUAGUGGUUUCAAACUCGCCUGCGCAGGCGGACCAGGCAGCCGCUACAGAGGACAGAGGAGGCCCCGAGGCUUUAGGGGGACACCCCACGCCCCCAGUUCUGCCACCCCAGCCCCGGCCCAGGGGCCUCACCUCAGAGACAGACUGAGCAGGCCCUCCUGCCUCACAAGCCCUCAGUGUCCCCUCCCCCCCCCCCCUUGUCCUCCCAGGACAACCCUUGCCCUGUGCCUAGGUGCCUGCUGGGUCGGCCCCCAUGGCUGGGAGGGCUCAGGCCAGCCCUCUCCUUUCUGACCUUUCCCUCUUCGAGUUUGAGCUUUGAGGCUCCCACCUGACCACCACCCCCCCCCCCGCCCCCACUCUCUGGCAGGGUCUCAAGGGAGCUACCAGAAGGAAGGAUGGACUUGCCCUUUCCUACAACAGGACUUUUAUUUUUUUCUCUUGCCAAUGUAUUUUUGUAAGGCUCGUAAAUAAAUUAUUUUUAACAAAA